UCGUGCAAUUGUUGUGAAAAGUGUACAUGUGUUUAUUUUAGUCGAUUUUUUUUUUUGUUUUUUUUUUUUGUUUUAAUGAAAUUUAAUAUAUUAUUGUGAUGUCAUUCAUGAAGUUAAUCAAGAGACGGACCAUUUUCUUGUUUCUCACAACUCUGGUUGUUCUGGUAGUCGGUGUGCUCCUGCGCAAAUUAAAUCGCACUGUGGCCGACAUUACCGAGAGGGAAAAGUGUCCUGCCUGUUUCGGGGUUUCGCUGUGUCAAGAUAUCGACGAUAACAAAAUCGUUUUCGAGUAUUCAGAUUUCAAUUCGAUAUUCAACAAUUUGUUUGGCGUGAAAAAUGUUUAUUACGGCAAAUAUGGGGAUACGAAGGUUGUUGUGAAAAAGUUGGCUCAUGACUUUGAAUUUCAACUCUUUGAUGAUUUCAUUUGUUCUAACGAUCAGUUUGAUGAACUUUGUUUUCGUAAGAACAAGAGAUCAAACGCGAUAACGAACUUUUACCGAUCGAUUCUGAGAGAUUUGGAAGAUGCAAGAUUCGAUGAUCCACACGUGAAAUUAAGAAUUUGUCCUACUGUUGGAAGAGCUAAUAAAUUGUUGGGAAAAAUUGGAGAUUCGGCUAAAAAUGCAAAUUAUUACAAAUACCUGUGGAGUUUCAUAAAAAUCAACCCUGAACCGAUUUUUCUUCAGCUGUUGAGGCCCGAAAACGAUUGGCCAACACCAAAGUACAUUGGGGAAUGUGGAAGGGUAGUUGUUGAGGAGAAUGCCGGUCUACCCUUAUCCGCCUUCAUUAAUGAGCCUUGGAUAAAAAGAGCUGAAAUAUCAUCUAGUCUUCUCGAUGCUGCCUAUAAGCUUACUUUUAAACACUCGGAAUUUGCCUUUUAUCUGACAGACGUGUCUACAGAUAAUAUUGCAGUUAAUCAGAACAAUCAGGCUGUAUUUAUUGAUUUGGAGAAUGUUAUUGUUGUGGAUAAGGACCCACCAAAAGAAGUCUGGUCAAACAUACUUUCUUGGAAUGAAACACACAUCAGUGAAACUCAUACCAAUUGCCAAGAUUGUUUCAUAUUUUCCCCUAGCGAUAUAUGUAAUCAUAAAAUUAGCGAUCAUAAUUAUAUGGCGAUUUGUCAGCAUGCUCUGGGACAAAACAACGAAAGAUUUACGCAAGGAUUUUUGCAUAGUACACCAAGUGAAAUUUUAAAAAAGUAUUCAACUUUAACAAAUUUAAUUAAAAAGUGUUCCACUCCAGACCCACCUCACUCAAGAAUCACAUUCGGCAUUCAACUUCAAAAAGUUUUAGAUUCAAUCAUAAAGUAUCAAAAACAACGUUAAAUAUUUACAACGCUUUGUACAAAAUGUCAUGAAUUG